AUUGCUCCACAUCCUGCCCUGCUUCAGCACUUCCUCAUUCAAGGCAGAGGCUCCUCGCAGCAGCAGGUCUUGGAUCUCAGCACAUUCAGACAAGAUACUGAGAGAUUCCACAUUGAGACAGAAGUAGCAGGCGGAGCAGCCGGUGAAGCUCACGACAGGGAAGGAUUCCUAAGGGUCAGGAAAGCACAAAAAUGAAAUGGGAGACUGCUCUCUGGAUGGUUGCCUGCUUACUGUUUGCAUCUCUACCCAGAGGUCAAGCAGACACAACGUGCCAUGCGUUUGUUGGAGACACUGUCAUUUUGCCUUGCACCACUACCUCUCCCGGAGAGCUGAUUCUUUCCAAUUCAAUACUCUACUGGCAAAUAGGGCACUCUGUCUUAGUGCACUUUUUUGACAAGGGAAACGAUUCGCUGGGUCUCCAGGACAAACGUUACAAUGGCAGAACUAGUCUUUUUUUGGACCAGAUGAAGCACGGCAACUUUUCCUUAAAGCUUUCCAAUGUCCAAUUACUGGACACGCAUGUAUACACGUGCAUCUACAAACAGACUGGGGAUCAUCCCAAACAAACACAGAAAUCUAAAAUUAAUCUCAUUGUAUCAGCUCCACCUAACAUUGAGGAGCCACCUUUCCCUUCUGGACACAGUCAGAUUUCCUCCAGAAUCCCUGCUGAUGCGCCAUGCCUGGCUAUGCUUCCCCUCGCUUUCCACCUCCUGGUCGCACUGGCGGUUUGGCACUUGUAACCAGGGAAACCAAUCUUCUCUUUGGGAAGUUUUGCUCACCAGAGGACCUCGCUGGGCAGAAGAGCUCAGGAGGAUUUGCGUGACAACCGUUCCAGAGCCACGGGAAAGAAACAUCAAUAGCUGAAAACAGACCUAGCGCUAGGUGUUUAUGUCCCGCGUUUUGGUGUUCCACAAAACCAAAGGCAGCAAAACUCAGAGGUGGCAGGUCUGCUUUUUCAUUUGUUUCUGGGAGCCAAGUUCUAGUGCUGCCAGUAUGAAUAUUUUAUUUUGGGUUUUGUGGUUUUGCUUUAACGACAGGAUAAAAGACUCGCAAAACUACAAGGUCACAUUAUAAUUGACCCUAGUGAGGUCUUUUGCCUAAGAUCUCAUCUGCUGUCCUUGAAGAGAACUGAAAGGAGGUGAAGGGGUAACUACCCUCUGCGUCAGAUAAAAACUGGAAGUAGGAAGGCGCUCGCAUUUUGUGAAAUGUAAAGAUGGAAACCUUGUGAAACUUGAGCCUGUGGAACUUUUAGCUUCUAUUUUCACUUUUAAGUGUCAUGGGCUAUCAGUAACAAUGUUUUUUUCUACAAGAAAUGCCGUAGUUCUUCAGCGGAAGGAUGAAGCUGACUGAGAAAGAUGAUGGAAGUUCAACAUAGAGGAAGGAAGUGAUGUAUUAUUACAAAAUCCACUUCUAAGUAAGCCAAAUGCUUUAGAAGGCUGAAUUCAUUAUUUUCUCUUUUUGUCGUGAAACACAGCAAGGUAAAUGGGGUCAUUGCGCAAAAGCUGGAUUCUUAAGGUACAACUGCGCAAUAAGAAAUGGUUACUGUGACAAUAUUACUUCUUUAAAAACGGUAGCUUUGGAGGAAAAAAGAAUUAAAAACUGGUCAGAAUAAUUGUAACUGAUACCUAUGCAAAUUAAAUGGGUUUAGUUCCAGAAACGUUCAAUUCAGGUAGCAUAGAUGUCCUGUGUAAAACUAAGACUGAAAGGAUCCUGUGUAUACCAACAGUAUCAAGAAAGUGCCCAAGUUUCAUUUCAGGCCAGAGCAGCUCCAAACCAACCUAUUACAGAACUGAGAAGCAUCUGGAGAACUCCUUACCCGGGCUGGGGAACGGCGGUGACUGACACGCACUCACUCCUUCUGGCUGAGCCCCAAGCAGAGGGAAGUGACUCAUCAGGACGCCCAUAAAGUCGUCUUGAUUUGGAACAGUUCCACCCUCUUUCCAAAGGAAAGACAGGAUUGCUUUUGCAAGGAAGGGAACAGAAUAAAACAGAGUUUAAAAUGGUAUCCAUUGAGGUAAAGGAGAUAGUUACCUUUGACUUUCUUAACAAAGGACCCUUUCUCUACGGUGGGGAGGAGAGACAAAAUCCCAUGCACAGCCCGUGCUGCUGCUGCAGUGAAGCUCAGUUGGUACUUCGGCUACCCUGGGUACAGAGCAGCUUAGCUAACAGCUGGGGUCCCACUUCACAGAAAGAUUUGAAUGUAAGAAUUGUACAUACUGGGAUUGUCUUUUUGCAUCCUGCCCUCCAAAUGUUUGUUUCA